CCCACUCUGACACUCUAUCAGACCCACUCACUCAGCCAGACUCACCCACCAGUCAGAUACAGCUACUUCCUUACUCAGAAAACCACCCACGCAAAAAUCCGAAGCAAUGGUGACCAUCUGCGAGAAAGUCUCAACCAUGUGGAGGCGCAAGAAGGACUCCUCCUCCCAAACACCCCCCGAGCUCAAAGAAAAGUCCAAGGCCUACGACGAUAGCUUUUCCGAGACGACAACCAUCGUCGCCGAAAAAAAGGACAUUGUCCCCACCAGCAAAGAGAUUGUCAAACCGCCCCCGCCAAAGAAGCCUACCCAGGUCGCCGGAAACCACUACGGCAUCAGAGUCACAGUACCCUUCGACGCGAAAAUCCACAGCAAAAAGGACAAGUUUUGGGACCCCCUCAAGGAGCGCUGGUACGCUAGUAAUCAGCUUAAAUGGCUGCUUGAGAAAGACGCCUCUUACACAGUCGGAGCGUCGAACGGAAGGAAACUGCACCACACUUGGAAAAAAAACAGACCCAUGAAAAUGCAUGUUUCGGUUCAUGCCUGCCGGGGGACACAUCCCCCUACGAGGCUGGGAUCAGCAGACACCGUGCCGCAGGGUAGAAUACUCGUGGACUGCGUCGUUGACAUCGCCGGGAGGCUGAAAUCGCCCGAGUUCACCCCUCGGAAGAACUCGGCGGGGGUCAAGUACAAUGAUUUCUAUUACAAGAUACACGCGACUAUUACGAAGAAAGGGAGGCUCUUGGUCCAGUUGGUUCAGAAUGGUAAUGUGUUUUGGAGUAUUGAGGUGGCACAGCCGGAGAUUGAGUGUUCUUCUUGGUUGGAUCGGGUGCGCUGUUCUUAGUUUGGUUUGGG